AAGAUGUCGCUGGGCGCCAAUUUUGCUUGGUGUAAAUUUUUCGGAUAAAAUCUACCUAUCACAGUGAAUAUAAUAAAUAUCUAAUUGUUAAAGAGAGAAUAAUCACCUUGUUUUGGAAUUUAUCUGUGUAAUAAGAUAGGUACCUGUGUAUUUGUUGUAUACAAUAGUUUUACAUGGAAGUAUGCACGGAUAGGGAUGUCCAAAUCGUUAGAGACUGUUGAUGCUCAGGAAACAGCCAACAGAGCGUUAUGUUACUCUCUUGUAAAAAAUAAACACAAACGUGUAUUAAAAUCGAGAGAAAAUAUAUUUAAGCCUAAAUGCAGUAGAGAACUCAAGAAAAAAUUAAAAAAAUACAAAUUAAGAAAGGACGGAAUUGAGGAUCCUGAUAUUUUAGAUGUUUCUAAAAUUUUAGUUAAAUCUUUAAGGAUUAAAUCACCUAACAAUCAAGAUAAAAUUAAUUGCAACAAUAACACAAUCGAGCAAGAAGAACUAAAUCAAGGAAAUUACCUUAUCAAAAUGGUCAGAAAGAAGAAAAUUUGUACUGAAGUUAAACCAUUAGUUAAUAUUAUUGAUGAUACAGCUCACAAUAAAGAGAGUGACAUAAACCUUUUGGCUGAGGAAGUUGGAGAUAAGAAGCACACAGAUGCAUUUAAGUUGAUGAUGAAAGCUAGAAAUAAAAGUAUUGGUACCAAUUCACCUGGUAAAGAUAAAAUAGAAGAACAAGAUUUCAAAGAAAUAGCAGAGAGAAAAGAAAUAAAGGCUAAAAGAAAUCUAGCACUCCAGAAAAUGGCUGAGUCUAAAGGAUCUCUAAAGAAUAAGGAAAUUGAAAAAUUGAGAGACAAAAUCAUUGAAAAGAAAUUAGUGGAAAGGGCAGAAACAUUCAAACAAAUGGUUACUAAAACUGACUCAAUAAAAAAUGAACAAAAAGCAAAUAAUGCAUGUGCAAAACAAUCCCAGCCUUCCAAUGAGAAGAGUAAUCUAAAAACAAAACCAGAAAGAAAUAAAUUUUUAAAUUUAUGUGAUAUUUUUAAUGAGACAAUUGAAAUUUUUGAUCACAGUAAACAAUCCAAGUUAAUACCAACAGAAGACAUUGAAUUUCAAAAAAAGUUAUCUCCGUCUAUUAGGAAAAAAGAAAACAUGCUCAGCUAUUUUCAGAAAAUACCGAAAGAUGACCCUGAACUACUCGAAAAUAAUUGCAUAGAGGAAAAUAAUGAUUCCAUUAUCAAAGUAAAAUUGAAUACAAAAUGUAAAAAGAAAAAGAAAAAAUUGAAAUUAACUGAAAAAUUACAUACAACUUCAGAAACUGUCAAAAACAAAAUACUUACAAUUGAUGAUUCAAAUGAAUCACAUAUUAAUGACCACAAAAGAAUUAAACGAAAACGAAAUUUGAAUGUUGAAGAUGAGGGCUCGCCACCUUUACAAACUAACAAUUUGAACUCAUCUAAUAUUGAAAGUAGGCCUAAAAGAAACGUUAAAAAACCUUUAAAAUAUACAGAUGAUGCGCAAAUGUUUAGUUCUGAUGAAGAAUUGUAUAUUUUUACUCCAAAAAAGAAAAAGAACAGUGAACCGUCACUUAAAUCUAAAAUCGUUGAAACAACUGAGCAAAUGGUAAAUACGAUAGACAACAUAACCAAAAAAAAUAAUGUUGGGGCCAAAGAUUCUGUUUUAGAAAUAUCAAAAAAAGAUGAAAGUAAAAAUAAGUCGAAAUUAACCAAGACAAUAGGUUUAAAUCACACAAAAGAUGCAAAUAAUCUCUCAUCAAAAUCCUCGAAAUAUACCAAUGACAAAAAAGCGAAAAUGAAAUUGGCACCAAUAUUCGUGGCAAAAAUGCAACUUUCUCCUGCAGAUAUUGAAGCUAAACAGAAUUUUUUGAAAAGUGGGGUCCCAGAAAAGUUAAAAAAGAAAGUUAAAAAACCCAUGAAUGAAACAAAUUUUGAUAUGUUUCCUUCUGUAGUCCAUAUUCAACAAAGCCAACCUGAUACAAACUCGUACCAAGAAAAGGACUGGUUUAAUGGUUCAAAUUAUGAUUUGAUUGAUGAAUCAUAUUUUACACAAAAUGAAUAUUCAUUUAAAAACUUUUUAACUCUGGAAGAAGCUUGUAAUUUCAGUGUUUAUGUUAGUGAACUUAAACCUGAAAAAGUUUUAAAAAGUAUUAAAUGUGCUUAUCCAAAAUUUCCAGUUUACCGAACGUACCAUUUGCUACGUGGUAAGAGCAAAGGAGAAUUUAAAGAUUGCAUUUAUCCAGAUUUAGAUAAUAGCAUUGAAAUAAUAAAUGGGCAAUGUGUAGAUGUAAGUAAUGAAAAUCCUGACCAAUUAAAUUGGUGUGACAAAUAUAAACCAACAUCAUCAAAACAGAUCAUUGGAAAUUUUGAAAGUAUAAAAGAAUUGAAAAGAUGGCUUGAGACAUGGACUGAAAAUGUAUUCAAAGCUAAACAAAUUGCAAGUGAUAGUUCUGAUUUUUCUGACUUCUAUCAUUCAGAUACAGAUAGUAGAGAUACCAAUAGAAAUGUGAAUAAUAUACUUAUAUUGACGGGACAAACAGGGUCUGGUAAAACUAGCAGUGUAUAUGCUGUUGCUUCAGAGUUAGCUAUCAAGGUUAUUGAAGUUAAUGCUAGUAGUAAAAGGACUGGGAAAAUUAUGUUGCAAGAUCUUCAGGAAGCUACACAGUCUCAUAAAGUGGACCGAAGAAGAAAUGGCUCUGACAACUCCCAAAAACUCAAGGAAGAAAUAAUAUCAAUAACAAUAAAAAAACGUGGCAGGCCUAAGAAGAUAAAUAAUGGAAAGCACAGCACAGAUGGAAAGUCGAAACAAUCUUCUCUAAAGACAAGUGAAAUGAGUCAAUCACAAACAUUAGCAAGUCAAGAGAGCAUCAGAACUGGCAUGUCUCUUAUUUUAAUAGAUGAUGCUGAUAUAAUUUUUGAACAAGAUGAUGGCUUCUGUUCAGCUAUUGCACAGUUGAUUCAAUCUUCCAAACGGCCUGUCAUCUUAGUCACAUCAUCCUUAAGUUGUCCACAUUUACAGAGAUUUUUACAAUAUGGAAAAGUUUUACAUAUGCACCCUUUUUUGUCUAGAAUGCUUGGAACUUGGCUAGAUGUUAUGUGCUUAGCCGAUGUGGGAAAAUGUUACACUGGUUUAGGGGCUAAACUGUUGGAUUAUUAUAGAGGAGAUAUAAGAAAAACAAUAAAUUGCUUGCAAUUUUAUAUGAACUCUAAUAAACACAUAAAUCAAGGAGAUGAACUUGCACUUUCUCAGAUCAAACAUAACAUUGAUGACGAAGAAUCCAGUAUGUCCUGGGUAGAUUCUAAAAGUUUAGAACCAUCUUUAUCUAAUGAUAAAGAAGUAGAUUCUAAUAUUGAUAACCACUUGCAAGUAUUACACGUUGGCUGCCCUUUGGAUGUUUUCAACAUCUGGUGGAACUUACCAAGGCUCUAUAAACAUUGUAAUAAAACUGAAAUACAAGAAAGUGAAGGGAACUCAACCAACAUGCACUGUAUUACAGACCAAGACGCUACAGAGAGACUUAAUAGAUUAGCUUACGUUUUAGAUACAAUAUCAGCAAUUGAUUAUUUCAAUCAUAAAAGUCCAGGCACAGGUACAAAUAUUAGUACAAGACCAUGGUAUAGUUCAGAGAAUGCCAGCUUAUUUGACAGUGAAAACUUUGAAUGUUACAAAAAGUCAUCCUUGGUUACAGCAGAAAUAUCUGAUGUAAUCAUCAGAAGCACAAUUACUGAAGCCCAAAGAGUGUUUAAAUGCGGAAAUAGUUUGAAUUUUCCAACGCCCAGUAUGAGUGAUCAAAGGAAAAGAGACAAGACAGUAAGUCGUCACUUCACACUUUCUGACUAUUUAAACUCGUCCGCCGUGUUAGAUCGCCGCGCCACCGCGUUGGACUACUGGCCGACAUGCAGAACUAUAUGCAGGAUAGAAAAAAACAGAACAGAUUCAAACGUGAAACGGAAAAAUAGAUUUUGCCACUACUUGAAGUCCUUGAAUGUUCCCGGCAGAAAUGAUUUCUUUGAUAGCCUUGCAGAUAGUCUCACUUGAAGUUGUUGAAUUUAUAAUAUUAAUACAGUGGACCCCCGAUAAUCCGGCCCCUGUCUAAUCCGGCACCCCCUGUAAUCCGACAAGUCUAUUUUAUUAUUGAACUAGCUGAUGCCCGCGACUUCGUUCGCGUGGAUGUAAGUUUUUUAAAAAUCCCGUUAAAAAGUAGCCUAUGUGCUAAUCCAGGGUAUAAAUCCAUCUCCAAUCUUAAUUUCAGCCAAGGAGUAACCAACAUACACACACAUACAUACAUAUACACAUACACACAAACUUUCCCCUUUAUAGUAUUAGUGUGAUGUGAUGUGAUUUACUUUUGGCAUACAUAGUGAAGUACCUAUGACUUGUAUUUCAGAGUAAGUAUGUAUAACAUAUAGAAUCUUAUCAUUGGAUCUUUAAUUUGUCGGAUUACAAGGUACUCUUUUGUAAAAAACGCCAGACUAUAGGGGUUCCUACGCAGUACUCUAUAAUCCGACAAAUUCGAUAGUCCGACACUGCCCUGCAAAACGUUUGUCGGAUUACCGGGGGUCCACUGUACUAAACAACAGUACAUUCACUUCGAUGAUCUCUUACAGCAAUCCAAACUUUCAAGUUUGAGUUUUUUAAUGAUAGCAAUCUUUCUAUUGUAGUAAUGCAACAAUUAUAUCAAGGUUUCACUGCAGUUAGUUAAAGCAUUGUCUAUACAGAAAUUGAUCAGGAGCAAAAAUCAGAGUGGAUAUUUCAGAGUCUGGGCAGUUACUACCUUGACAAGUACCUAUUGUGUGUAAUGUUAUACAAAAUGCUAUACACUUCAGCUUGACAACCCGUUGAGCUUUUACGGUUACUCUGGUUUUCUUACGGAUCUCCUCAUUUCUGAUUGCAUGUAUGUUUAGUUGUAGUAAUAUUUAGGGUUGUUAAAAAAAUCUGUUCAGGUGCUUGUCGAAACACAAGGUUUCUGAACGGUUAAAAGAAACUAAUAUUUAUUGAAUAAAAUAAUGACCGUCAAAAUUUUUUGGUAACUACAAGUAACAUGGCUACGGGACCCCGCCUUGCUUGUUUAGGUAUCCAAACGCACUCACCCAGUUUUAUUAAGUUGAAUGAAAAAAGUCGGUCAAAUGCGAGUCUGACUCGCAUACGAAGGGUUCCGUACCAUCGAAACUUUAAUUUUUUAUAAUUUUCAUAGUGGUUAUUUUGAAAUUUUUAGUAUAUUUGUUAUAGCGGCAAUAG